GCCCCGCCAAUUCCUCUCAUCUGUUUCUCCUUAAACUAAUCAUCAGUCAUGUUCAUCUCUCUUUAAAUUUCAACCCACCUCAUCGCGAUGCUUGCCGUCCAUGUCACAUGAGUUCUCGCCAACAACGCAACUCAGGUUCAGUCCAUUGCAUCCCGUGGUUGCAAUCUAACUCACCACCAUACCGUCCAGAUUUGAUCCCUUCAAUCCUCCUCGACACGGCUAUGGUGCCAACGAUUGUGCCUCCUUAAUGUUCUCCAGUGAUCCACCACCAAUACUACAUGCUACGUUCAUCAUUGCUACCGCAAUGCUAUCAUCGACAUAGUUUGUGAAAUACUUUCGCUUUGAGUCAAAUUUGUUAAUUUUGCGUCCAGAGAGGACGAGAGAGGAGAGCAGACCAUUCACCCCACCACCAGGCCACCACCGGUCCAUGUCCAUCCCUGGCCGCUCCGCUCCCGCCGUGAUCCAGCAACGGUCGUUGCCGAUGCACCACUCCCGGCUCCUCUCUCAUCUCUUCUUCCCCCACCCCACGCCCCAUUCUCUUGCUCGAGCUCCUCGCCGAUUUUACCGAUCGUUGGCCUCUGAUCUAGGGUUCGCUGCUGCCGGUCGCCAUUCACCUGUGUGCCUCAGGAGGAAACGGCUCCCUGGACCUUAUCCUUCUUCACAUUCUACCUCUACAGAUCAGGAACGCCUCGAUGGCCGUCUCUUCCGUUUCUCCUUUCUCUCCCUCCUUGCAAUACACCGGCCAUGAUUCAGGGAUGGAGAAGGGAGGGGGGUAGAGCCACCAUAUCAAGAGGUAGAGUGAAGGAGCCACGCUUGAGAACUUGGCGUGAGUUACUUUGGUCCAGCGGCUACCAAUGUUCCUUUUUUACUUCAGAGUUCUAAAAUCAUGUUGCCUUUCAAGAAUAAGAGGGAGAAAGGUCCAAACAAUCUUUCAAGAUUUGUCACACUCGAUGGAAACUGGAAGCAUCACUCUCCUUGGCUGAAAUCACAGUGGUCAAAUUAUAGAUCACAAGCUGUAGACGAAUUGUUUCUUCUGAUUUCCCAAUCUUCAGAUUGAACUGACCAAUCCGUGUGAUUGAGGAAUCCUUGUGGAGAAAAAGAAUUCAAGGAACCCCGCAGCUCCGAAUACAGAGGAUUUCAAGAAAAAAUAUUGUGCUGGAGCAAGAAAGGGAACAUGGUAAGGAGUGUGCCUACAAGAGUUUCUCUGUUCUCUUCUUAGGGCAUGUACAAUGGUUGAUAAGAUAGUCUUAUCUUAAUUUUUGCAUGUAAUUUAGAGAUGACAAAAAAAUAUGUAUACAAUGGGUCGUCUCUUAGCCUUAUCUUCAAUAACUAGACAUUCCUAAAAACGUGGUGACACAUAUUAUGCUAAGAGAUCAUCUCUUGUCUUAUCUUAAAUAAGAGAAGACAAGCCUUUUCUUAAGAGUUCUUUCUCCUCCACCUCAUCAUUUAUCCUAUGUGGCACUCCUAAGAUAGCACCAUUGUACAUGCCCUUAUUGGUUGCCAUAUGCAGCUUGCGGGUCUCAACUUAAUAAAUACAUCAACCGCGUACCGAAGGAAAAACUCAUUACAUGAAUUCUGAGUAGGUAUUUUCAGUCUUUCGCAAUGUAGUUUGUUUAUUUUUCUCUGCACCAUGAUGUGCUGAUAAAAUUUGGAUAAUCAAUCCAAUUUCCAGUGAUGAUGCCCUAGCUGAUCAUGCUUCUUUACCACAAUCAUUUUCCUGACAGUAGUUGUGCAUGCAGUACAUGUUUUCAGUUGAGCGAACCCUCUUUUAGUUAGAGAUCAAAAUUCAAGCCUGACAUGGCAUAUGAAUGCUCCCAGUUUAGCAAAAGCCGUGAUCUUUCCAACUUUGAGAGUUGAAGGAAAUCUCCGGAUAAAAAAUUGAAGAAUUCAUAUAGCACAGUACAGGGUGAGCAUCCACAUGACAGUUCUAAAGUUGUUUUUACCAUAUGGAAGUUCAUAAGUUAUGAUAAGAAUAAAAAUGCAAAGUUUCAAAAACUUAUGUUUCCAGCAUGAUGGCUCCCCUGUUUCUAUGGUAAUCUUUUUCAAAUAUUCUGAUCAUGGUCCUCUAAGCAUUCCUGGUUUGUCACUUGAGCCUGAACCGUGGGUCGCAGAUCCAACGAACAUUGAUGAAAUCCAUAGAAAAAAGCUUAGCUAACUCUUCAUAACAAAUGGACUGAGUUAGUGCGCGCACUCACCGGCCGGUGCUUCUCAGUUUUUUUAACAUGCUAUAGCAGCUAUACAAUAUCAGAUUUAUGGAAACAUAUUUCAGAAUUGGUAAUUAGUGUGUUCUAUUCUCCUUUCCUUGGAUAUUUCUUAUUCUGUUUUAGAAUUAUUAUUUUUCGUCCGCACUUUCAAGUAUUUAUGCGCCUGGGGUCUUUCAUUCUACAGCUGAACAAUUAUAUCUCAAAAUAGCUUGCGCUGCGCCCCCUAUAUUUGAUCCUUCUGCCCUCUUUUAAAUUCAACCUCUAAUUGACGUCUUCUUUCGUUGUUGUUGUAUAUACGUGCACCAAAUUAUACAAAAUGAAAUAUUGUGGAACAGGCAUAUUCAAAACUGUUUUUUGAAGUUAAAUAUCUAAUGUGAGAAGCCUAGAUAUAAGAAAUAUAGGUGUAAGGCGAUUGUUUUGAGGUGUCAAUGCAACUUACAGUACAUGGAUCUGGUUAGAACUUUGAUACUUCUUGCUUUGAUAUGCUGCUACGGUAGCUCAAUACCGAUGAAACAGAAGGAUUGGUCAUGUCACCAAAUGGGUACCACACACAUAUAGAUUGUUGCUUGCUCUCACGAUCCAUGUCAUCCUCGAUCCAUGUUGGUAUGCAUCCUCUCCCUUUCCUUUCCUCUCUACUAAGUUGUCUCUCCUUUUCCUUUAAUUAUUCAUGUGAUCUUUUUUGCUCUGAGAAGCCCUUCAUGAUGCACAGAAGGAUUCAGUUUCUGAAUUCUUAUCAACAGGUUUCAGUUGUCUAUUGCAAAAAUGUUCUAUGUAUAUUAUGUGAGUUAAAGGGUCAACCAAAUGAUCAUAUAUGUAUUUAUAUAGAAUCAUAUCUAUCUAUUGGCAGCCAUGUCUUAUGCAUACAUCUUUGCUGAUUAAAAAAAAUAUGCACAAAGACCUACGUGAAAUAGCUCGAUAAACAAAAAAUACUGCUCGACCGAUUUCUUCCUCUUAUUCACUGUUCCAUUUUAUAACACAAAGCGCUCACAUGGGCUCUCUUGGGCGCGGCGUGUCGCCGCGCCUCUGCCUGCUAGUCAGGAUUAAUUGUUGCUAUCUAGAGUAUUUAUUGAAAGAUGUGUGAUCAGAGAAAAUUAGCUCUAAUCCUAGCGUAAUUAUGGGGAGCACACUUGAAAGCAUCGAUGGUAAAGGAUGUUUAGUUUGAAAACCCCAAGAGAUGGGUGGUAAUUUGAGGAAGUAAAUCUGACGCUCCACUGACUUGAUCCAAGGGCCAUGCACCGGUGUCAUUCCUAGCGGUCUCCUAUAAAAGGGGUACGGCAUCCGGAUCUGACCCAAAUUGACUCCCCCCCCCCCCCCCCCCCACAUUCCCCCCCCCCCCCCCCCCCAAAAUCAUCUCGGCCGGCCCUAUGGCGUCCCAAAGCAGCCCGGCCGGAGCGCCGCCCGGUUUCCCUAAACCUACGAACUACCUUCCCGCCGUCGAUCUUCCCCGUGCCCUCGGACGCUGCCGCAUGCUGCUGGACAGGCUGCUGCAACAUGAGGACGGGUGGGUGUUCGCCAAGCCGGUGGAUACAUACGAACUCGGACUCCGCGACUACUACUCCAUCAUCGCCGAACCCAUGGAUCUCGGCACUGUCAGCCGCCGCCUUGAAUUGCGUCGCUACCCGAACCUGCUCUGCUUUGCCAAGGAUGUCCGGCGUACCUUCAGCAACGCCAUGACCUACAACAACAAGGGAGACGAUGUGUAUGAGAGUGCUGCUAAGCUCUCUCGCAUCUUCGAGUCAGGGUGGGCCUCCAUUUUGGCGGCGCUCCCGUCGCCGCUGCCGGUCGCCGUGCGCAGGGCAAGGCUCAAGGAUGAGUUGCCGCGGCUGCCGGUGGACUUGCAGGACAAAGCGGCCAUCAUUAUGAAAGACAUAGGCGGGUGGAUCCAGGAGGUGGAUGGGAGGGUUGAGGUGGAUUUGGACAAGGCCGACGAGGCGACUCUUGACAAGCUCGAGUGGCUGCUCGCUCUCGCCGCCAUGAGGAAGGAGGCAGGAGCGCUGGAUAAUCAAAUUUGAUGUGGCGCUGCAUGAUUUUACCAGCGUCAAUUGUUUCUCGGUUCCAGAACGCUGUUGACUUAAACAUGGCUUCCCUCUUUUGCGAAUGAGUAUCAGCAUGAUUUCUAAGUGGCUGUAACAUCGCUAGCCUAGAUAUCCCUACUCUGGAUUUGAAUGAAUACCCCAGUGUCAGUGUGGUUGUAAUUUGGGGGUUUGUAGCUGGUCGGUUAUUCUGUCUGUUGUUAUAUUGGAAUUAGACUUUGAACCUGUGAUGAUACUGAAGAACUGCAAGGAUGUGUGGAAGUCAUGUUGUUCGAUUGUUCAUUAAAUAUAUGAUUUUGUGGGCGGAUUUUCUGCCA